AUGCCUCCGAAACAGCCGCAGGAAAAGAAGGAGCCACUGACACCUGAUGCGGCUCCGAAGCGGUCAGCGGCCAAGGCAAAAGCGGGUAACUUGACGUUUGUACCGAACUUGAAUCGGCCUUCUGGGUUGGCUGCGACUCCGAAGAAUGUGGCCACCCCGGGAGGCGUGGGCGGUGUGAGCAUCCAAACGAUGUUGGCGCACAAGAUCGCGAUUGCAUCACAAGAUGGGCCGGUUGCAGCAGGCGGUCGGCGGCAAUUGGGUACGGGUGCACGGAUGGUGAGUUCGGCGGUUUCGAACAAGUUGGCGGACAUGCGUCGUGGUAAGAAGCGUGACGCCAAGAAGUCUCGGGAAAUCCUCGAGCUUAGCUGGGCUCCAGAAGACCGGAUGCACGACAUCUCACUCUACACACCUAUCUCACUCCCGUAUGUCAUGCGCGGUGAUGAUGAAAACAAAAUCGCAACCUCUCAACGACCAACCAUGAAGACCGUCGAUGAAGCCAAUCGCAACGCGAGACCUCUACUCGAAGAAGACGCAGAAGAAGAAGUGCGCAAUUGGACACUCAUACAGCUACCCACCAUGCUUCCCGCCAUGGACAGAGAAGCCAUGGAACAGCAACGCGACCAAUCUGAACUCGCUCUUAUGGAUCCCGAAGAAAGGGAGGCCGCACUCACAGCCAAAGCAAAAAUCAGACAUAAAGAAACCUUCGACAACAAAUACCUGCCAACCCAGCUCGCUGGACUACCCGAAGGCUACCUAGGCGACCUUCUCGUACACGAAUCAGGACGUGUCACUUUACAAAUAGGCAACCACUACUUCGACGUCAACACCGGCUCAGACUGCAACUUCUCCCAAGAGGUCGGAUGCUACGUCGACGCCAGCUCCGAAUUCUUCUUCCUUGGAAGCUGUUCGAAACGAAUGAUCGUCACGCCUUGUGUUGAGGAAUUCGACCAAACCGCCGAACUGCGCUAA